UGGCGUUCUCUCCUCGACGACCGCACUGACUGCAACCUGCCAAUGAGAGAGAGACAGAGAGAGGGGAGAGAAAGAAGCGUAGGCUACCAUUCUGUCAAACCUCCAUCCCUUUUUUUCCCAGCCCUAUGAAUCCCUACACAUUUUCAGGAGGAUAGGGUGAAUUCAGAGGGUUUCCCAAACGCCGCUCUCCCUUGUUUUUCCUGCGCAGUGGAUGGUUUUUGUGCAGCAGCAGACGCUCGAGCUUGUAGAGCAGGUGUGAGAGACAGCGGCGACCGCUCCUCUCCUCCCUGUUUCCAAGGGGAAAUGUCGAGCGAGAAGCCGGUUUCAGCACCACCGGGCUCUGCUUCUUCGCUCACGGACACAGACCGAGACUCCCAUCCUCCGCCGGGCUCCUCCGUGCAGCAGCAGCCGCCGCAGCAGCAGCAGCAGGUCGCCGCGGGCGCUGGCUCCGGCGCCACCGGGGAAAGGAUGGUGUCUUCAGCCGGCUCUAUGGUCCUCCCGGCCGGGGUGAUCAACCCCGCUGUCCCGAUCAGGAAUAUCCAGAUGAAAUUCGCCGUGCUGGUGGGCCUGAUCCAGGUCGGGGAGGUUAGCAACAGGGACAUCGUGGAGACGGUGCUGAACCUGCUGGUGGGCGGCGAGUUUGACCUGGAGAUGAACUUUAUCAUCCAGGAGGCGGAGAGCAUCGGCUGCAUGGUGGAGUUGUUGUCCCACUGCGAGGUGACGUGCCAGGCUGAGAUCUGGAGCAUGUUUACCGCCAUCCUCCGCAAGAGCGUGCGCAACCUGCAGACCAGCACCGAGGUUGGCCUCAUCCAGCAGGUGCUGCUCAAGAUGAGCACUGUGGACGACAUGAUCGCAGACCUCCUGGUGGACAUGCUGGGAGUCAUGGCCAGUUACAGCAUCACAGUCAAGGAGCUGAAGCUGCUUUUCAGUAUGCUGAGGGGAGACAACGGCAUCUGGCCAAGACACGCCAUCAAGCUCCUGUCAGUGCUGAACCAGAUGCCUCAGAGACACGGUCCUGAUACCUUCUUCAACUUUCCAGGACGUAGUGCGGCGGCCAUAGCAUUGCCGCCAAUUGCCAAAUGGCCUUACCAGAACGGAUUCACUAUCAACACUUGGUUCAGACAGGAUCCACUCAACAACAUCAAUGUGGAUAAAGACAAACCGUACCUCUACUGUUUUCGCACCAGUAAAGGAAUAGGGUACUCGGCACACUUUGUGGGAAACUGUCUCAUCGUGACAUCGUUGAAGUCGAAAGGAAAAGGCUUUCAGCACUGUGUGAAAUACGAUUUCCAACCUCGCAAGUGGUACAUGAUCAGCAUCGUCCACAUCUACAACCGCUGGAGGAACUCUGAGAUCCGUUGCUAUGUCAACGGUCAACUGGUCUCCUACGGCGAUAUGGCAUGGCACGUCAACACCAAUGAUAGCUAUGACAAGUGUUUCCUGGGUUCAUCGGAGACAGCAGAUGCGAACAGGGUGUUUUGCGGUCAGCUGGGAGCUAUUUACGUAUUCAGCGAAGCUCUCAACCCGGCUCAGAUCUUUGCCAUCCACCAGCUUGGCCCAGGAUACAAGAGCACUUUCAAGUUCAAGUCCGAGAGCGACAUCCACCUGGCCGAGCACCACAAGCAGGUGUUGUACGAUGGCAAGCUGGCCAGCUCCAUCUCCUUCACCUACAAUGCCAAGGCGACGGAUGCCCAGCUCUGCCUGGAGUCGUCGCCCAGGGAAAACCCCUCCAUCUUCGUCCACUCACCGCACGCACUCAUGCUACAGGAUGUGAAGGCCAUUGUUACCCACUCCAUCCACAGUGCCAUCCACUCGAUAGGAGGCAUCCAGGUGCUCUUCCCUCUCUUCGCUCAGCUGGACUACAAACAGCUCAAUGACAGCAGCGUGGACACCACAGUCUGUGCCACCCUGCUGGCGUUCCUGGUGGAGCUGUUGAAGAGCUCAGUGGCAAUGCAGGAGCAAAUGCUGGGAGGGAAGGGCUUUCUGGUGAUUGGAUACCUCCUUGAGAAGUCAUCACGAGUCCACAUCACCAGGGCGGUACUUGAACAGUUCUUGUCCUUCGCCAAGUAUCUGGAUGGUUUACCUCAUGGAGCGCCUCUCCUCAAACAGCUCUGUGACCAUGUCCUCUUCAAUGCUGCCAUCUGGAUACACACCCCUGCCAAGGUUCAGCUAUCCCUCUACACAUACCUAUCAUCGGAGUUCAUCGGCACCGCCACCAUCUACACCACCAUCCGCCGUGUUGGCACCGUCCUGCAGCUGAUGCACACUCUGAAAUACUACUACUGGGCCAUCAACCCGCUGGAGUGCAGUGGAAUCACCCCCAAAGGUCUUGACGGACCAAGGCCAUCCCAAAAGGAGAUCAUCUCGCUCAGAGCCUUCAUGCUCCUCUUCCUCAAACAACUCAUACUGAAGGACCGGGGCGUGAAGGAGGACGAGCUGCAGAGCAUUCUCAACUACCUACUGACCAUGCAUGAGGAUGAGAAUAUCCAUGACGUGCUCCAGCUGUUAGUGGCUCUUAUGUCUGAACAUCCAGCAUCCAUGAUCCCAGCAUUUGACCAGAGAAAUGGAAUAAGGGUGAUCUGCAAGCUCCUGGCCUCUAAGAGUGAGAGUAUCCGGGUCCAAGCACUCAAAGUCCUGGGCUACUUCCUCAAGCACCUCGGUCACAAGAGGAAGGUAGAGAUCAUGCACACGCACAGUCUGUUCACACUGCUGGGGGAGAGGCUGAUGAUGCACACCAACACUGUCUCUGUCACCACCUACAACACUCUGUAUGAGAUUCUGACAGAGCAGGUCUGUACCCAGGUGGUUCACAAACCCCACCCUGAGCCUGACUCCACUGUCAAGAUCCAGAAUCCCAUGAUUCUGAAGGUAGUGGCCACCCUGCUGAAGAACUCCUCUCCCAGCGCAGAGCUGAUGGAAGUCAGAAGACUCUUUCUUUCCGACAUGAUCAAACUCUUCAGUAACAGCCGAGAAAACCGGCGCUGCCUGUUGCAGUGCUCUGUGUGGCAGGACUGGAUGUUCUCCCUGGGAUACAUCAACCCCAAGAACCCAGAGGAGCAGAAGAUAACAGAGAUGGUGUACAACAUCUUCAGGAUCCUGCUCUAUCACGCUAUCAAAUACGAAUGGGGAGGAUGGAGGGUUUGGGUUGAUACCCUAUCCAUCGCACACUCAAAGGUGACCUACGAAGCCCAUAAAGAGUACUUGGCCAAGAUGUACGAAGAGUACCAACGCCAGGAGGAGGAAAACAUGAAGAAAGGGAAGAAAGGCUCUGUGUCCACUAUCUCUGGGCUUUCUGCUACGCCCGCCCCUGUGGUCAACGGCAACCUGGAGAUUGACGAUAACUCCCAGACACAAACACCUGAGAGCGAGGCCGAGUACAGCGAGGGGGCCGGAGGAGACUCGCGGAACCUCCUCGCAGAGGGCGCUGUGAAGCGACCCAACGGAGAAUCCCUGACACCUGGGGAGCAGGCCGCUGGUCCAGGGGUGAGGGUGGAGGUCCACGACCUGCUGGUGGACAUUAAAGCAGAGAAGGUAGAGGCCACAGAAGUGAAGCUGGAUGACCUGGACUUAUCUCCAGAAGGUCUUGGUGGUGGUGUGGGUGGAGGAGGUGGGGGAGGAAUGGAGAACGGACCUCUGGUAGAGGUGGAUUCUCUCCUGGACAGUGCUUACUGUGCUGUAGUUCAAAACCUAAAUGGGAAUCUGGCACCUAAAGAUGACACGCCAGGCUCAGGAGUCGGGAUGGCAUCAAGCCUGGGGCUUUCGGGUGUCAGCCUGGAGGAUGAUGGGAACAUGGGUCCGCUCAUCACGUUGGCUGACGAGAAGGACAGUGUCCCGAGCAACAACGGAUUUCUCUUCAGCAAGGUUGAUGAGAAACUGCUCCCAGCUCUGGCAGCCACAGACCCCCUCGUACUGCCGAGUCCAGACCAGCCCACUCCAUCCGGCCCAGUCCCGGCUCACUCCACAACCAGCGCCAGCGAUGACCUCAGCCUGUUGGCCCACAUGACCAGCUGCGGCUCAGAUUUAACGCAGACCCAGAGCCACACAUCUGGGGAACUUCCAGAGGACGGGCCCUUUAAGAUCCAGAGCCCUCUUGCUGACAUCAGCUCUAUUGCUGAGGCAGAGAGCCAAGCCCAGAUACAGGGAGCCUCAAGACCCGAUUUCCCAGAGGGAGAGGGCACAUCCGGGGCAGAGGGAGAGGUCGCGGGGCUUAAGACUGGGGGAGACACAGCCAGCACCACCUCUGAUACAGAGAGGUCAGAUGACGGAAAAGACAAAGACACGAAGAAGAUCCAAACUACCGCGACUACUCAGGCCCUCCACGGUCGCACCGCAGCCCAGCUGGAGCGGGACCUACGCGUCGAUCUGGGUUUCAGGGGCAUGCCCAUGACGGAGGAGCAGCGCCGGCAGUUCAGCCCCGGCCCGCGCACGACCAUGUUCCGCAUCCCGGAAUUCAAAUGGUCUCCAAUGCACCAGAGGUUGCUCACUGACCUGUUGUUCGCCCUGGAGACUGAUGUGCAUGUAUGGAGGAGCCACUCCACCAAGUCGGUGAUGGAUUUUGUGAACAGCAACGAGAACAUCAUCUUCGUCCACAACACGAUCCACCUCAUUUCUCAGAUGGUGGACAACAUCAUCAUCGCCUGUGGAGGCAUCCUGCCUCUCCUGUCUGCUGCCACCUCCCCUUCUAGUUCUAAGAGUAGUGCCAACACUAAGGCAGGAGGAGCCGGACCCCAGAGGGGGUCAAAGGGAGAGGAGGUGACCCCUGUUCCUGGGGGAGGAGGCGCAGGGGGAGAGACGGAGCUGGAGAACAUCGAGGCGACACAAGGCAUGUCUUCAGAAACAGCGGUCACCUUCCUGUCCCGUCUCAUGGCCAUGGUGGACGUACUGGUGUUUGCCAGCUCCCUCAACUUCAGCGAGAUUGAAGCGGAGAAGAACAUGUCGUCAGGAGGGCUGAUGAGGCAAUGCCUCCGCCUGGUAUGCUGCGUGGCAGUGAGGAACUGUCUGGAGUGCAGACAGAGACAGAGAGACCGAAGCUGCAAGUCGUCCUUAACCAGCAGCAAGUCACAGGACAGCCUCCACAGUGCCUCCACCACCAGCAAGCAGGAUCCAGACAGACUCCUGCAGGAUGUCGACAUCAAUCGUCUUCGAGCUGUGGUUUUUAGAGAUGUGGAUGACAGUAAGCAGGCUCAGUUUCUGGCGCUGGCAGUCGUCUACUUUAUCUCAGUUCUCAUGGUAUCUAAGUACCGGGACAUUUUGGAACCCCAGCGAGAGAUCGGCAGGUCCACCAGCCUAUCGGGGAGAAGCAUCCGCCACGAGAUCAACUCCCCAACCAGCACAGAGCACCCAUCCUCAGCCUUCUCCGACCGUGACAAGCAGACCCCCACCCCGGUGGAUGACUCUCCCCGCGCCGGCCUCCCCCACACAGACUCAGGCAUCGGAGAGGAGGGCCACGUGGCUGGAUCCCUGAACGGCUCGGAGAUGGGCCUGGGGCUCGGCCUCGGCCUGGUGGGGAGAGAAACGGACAGGGACAGAGACAGAGACAGAGACAUGGGGGGAGGAGGUGGGGGAGGAGGCACGGAUCUGUUGUGUAGUCUGUCUGAUGUCAGGAGGUCACAGGAGAGUCUUCUGGAUUCUCCCCACAACCCCAGUUCCAACCCCAACUCCAGCCAAGCUCCGCCUUCGUCCAUCUCCAGCAUCAGCCAAACAAACAAAGGAAUCAAUGUCAAGGAGAUCCUGAAGAGCUUGGUGGCGGCUCCAGUCGAUGGCGGAGAUUUGGGACAGGAGUCUGGGCCGACGCCCUAUCACCCAGACCCUGCCCUGAAGACACACCCCAUGCUGCCCAUGCAGUUCCACUCCUUCGACAGGAGUGUCGUGGUUCCAGUCAAAAAGCCGCCACCUGGCAGCCUGUCGGUCAACACGGUGGGCACACCCACCACAAGCGGAGCGGCCACUGCUGGCAGCACACCCAACAUUUUUGCUGCUGCGACAGCAACACCCAAGAGCAUGAUCAACACUACAGGUGCCACAGACUCUGCCUCCUCUUCCUCCUCCUCUUCUUCGUCCUUUGUGAACGGCGCGACUAGUAAGAAUCUGCCGGCCGUGCAGACGGUGGCGCCCAUGCCAGAAGACACUAUGGAGAAUAUGAGUGCCUAUUGUGAGGUGGCGCAGUGUGCGCUGCGCAGCGGUCAGACGCCCCCUGAGCUCAAGUCUUUUAGCUCUCUGGCAGGCUUCCAGGCAGCUCCCCGAGAUGCAGGACAGUGUUUUAGCAUCACCACCAAGCUGGAGCGUGCGCUGGAGAAGGUGGCCCCCCUGCUGAGGGAGAUUUUUGUGGACUUUGCUCCCUUCCUGUCCAGGACGCUGCUGGGUAGCCAUGGGCAGGAACUGCUCAUAGAAGGUACAGGUCUGGUUUGCAUGAAGUCUAGCACGUCAGUGGUGGAGCUUGUAAUGCUGCUCUGUUCUCAGGAGUGGCAAAACUCAAUCCAGAAGAAUGCUGGUCUGGCCUUCAUUGAGCUCAUCAACGAGGGAAGACUUCUGUGCCACGCCAUGAAGGAUCAUAUUGUUCGUGUUGCCAACGAAGCAGAGUUCAUCUUGAACAGACAGAGGGCUGAGGAUGUGCACAAACAUGCUGAAUUUGAGUCUAACUGUGCCCAGUACGCCGCAGAUCGGAGAGAGGAGGAGAAAAUGUGCGAUCACCUCAUCAGCGCUGCUAAGCACCGAGAUCACGUGACUGCCAACCAGCUGAAACAGAAGAUCCUCAACAUCCUCACCAAUAAGCACGGAGCGUGGGGGACAAUGUCACAGAGCCAAUUACAUGACUUCUGGCGUCUAGACUACUGGGAGGACGACCUGAGGAGGAGACGGAGAUUUGUGCGAAAUGCAUCUGGAUCCACUCACGCCGACGUGCCACUCAAAACUCUGGAGGACUACGGUUCAGAAGAAGAUGAAGAGGGGCUUAAGUCGAAGAAGACUUUCCGCAGCCAAUCAGUGGUCACCCAGAACCCAGAGGCGGAGUUAAUGCUGGAGGGAGAUGAUGACGCUGUCAGCCUGCUGCAGGAAAAAGAGAUUGAUAACCUUGCAGGCCCUGUGGUUCUGAGCACUCCAGCUCAGUUAGUAGCUCCAGUGGUGGUGGCUCGAGGCACUCUGUCCAUCACUACCACUGAGAUCUACUUUGAGGUGGAUGAGGAGGAUCCUACAUUCAAGACGACUGAUGCCAAAGUACUGGCCUACUCAGAGGGUCUGCACGGUAAAUGGAUGUUCAGUGAGAUCCGAGCUGUGUUCUCCAGACGCUACCUGCUGCAGAAUACCGGACUGGAGGUCUUCAUGGCCAACAGAACGUCUGUGAUGUUUAACUUCCCUGACCAGGCCACGGUCAAAAGGGUGGUCUACAGUCUCCCACGGGUCGGGGUAGGAACGAGUUACGGUUUGCCACAGGCAAGGCGGAUUUCCUUGGCCACCCCUCGUCAGCUCUUCAAGUCGUCCAACAUGACGCAGCGCUGGCAGAGGAGAGAGAUCUCCAACUUUGAGUACCUCAUGUUCCUCAACACUAUUGCAGGGAGGACCUAUAAUGAUUUGAAUCAGUACCCCAUCUUCCCCUGGGUCUUGACCAACUAUGAUUCAGAGGAGCUCGAUCUCACUCUACCCGGCAACUUCAGAGACCUCUCCAAGCCAAUCGGUGCACUGAAUCCCAAGCGAGCAGCGUUUUAUGCAGAACGCUACGAGACGUGGGACGACGACAGCACGCCUCCUCACCACUAUACAACCCUGUACUCCACUGCUCAUUCAACACUGAUGUGGAUGCUCAGAAUAGAGCCCUUUACCACGUUUUUCCUCAACGCUAACGAUAACAAGUUCGACCAUCCGGACAGAGCCUUCUCUGGCAUCGGCUGCUCGUGGAGGAACUGCCAGAGGGACACAGCUGAUGUCAAGGAGCUGAUCCCAGAAUUCUACUACUUGCCUGAGAUGUUUGUCAACAGUAAUGAGUACGAGCUCGGGGUGCGUGAUGAUGGAGUUCCUGUGUGCGACGUGGAGCUUCCUGCCUGGGCCAAGAAACCAGAAGACUUUGUCCGCAUUAACCGGAUGGCGUUGGAGAGCGAGUUUGUGUCGUGCCAGCUUCACCAGUGGAUUGAUUUAAUAUUUGGCUACAAGCAGAGAGGGCCGGAAGCAGUCCGAGCUCUCAAUGUGUUCAACUUCUUGUCUUACGAGGGAGCGAUCAACCUAGACAAUGCAGAUGCUACGCAGCGUGAGCUGAUUGAAUCCCAGAUUCAGGCGUGUGGUCAGAUCCCCUCCCAGCUACUGAUUGAGCCACAUCCACCUCGCUCCUCGGCCAUGCACCUGUGUUUCCUUCCUCAGAGCCCACUGAUGUUUAAGGAUCAGAUGCAGCAGGAUGUCAUCAUGGUGCUCAAGUUCCCCUCCAACUCCCCCGUCACUCACGUUGCCGCCAACACGCUGCCCCACCUCAGCAUACCAGCAGCCGUCACAGUCACAUGUAGCCGGCUGUUUGCCGUCAACCGCUGGCACAACACAGUCGGCCUCCGUGGAGCUCCAGGAUACUCCCUAGAGCAGGCUCAUCAUCUACCCAUUGAGAUGGACCCUCUCAUAGCAAACAACUCAGGCGUGAACAAGCGUCAGAUCACUGACCUCGUGGACCAGAGCAUCCAAAUCAACACACACUGUUUUGUGGUUACUGCCGACAACCGCUACAUCCUGGUCUGCGGCUUCUGGGACAAGAGCUUCCGUGUUUACUCCACUGAAACUGGAAAGCUGACCCAGAUAGUUUUUGGCCACUGGGAUGUAGUGACGUGUCUGGCCAGGUCAGAGUCCUACAUCGGAGGAGACUGCUACAUCGUGUCAGGCUCCAGAGAUGCCACUCUUCUUCUUUGGUACUGGAGUGGACGACACCACAUUAUCGGGGACAACCCUAACAACAGUGACUACCCUGCUCCCAGGGCAGUACUGACAGGCCAUGACCACGAGGUGGUGUGUGUGUCCGUCUGUGCGGAGCUGGGAUUGGUCAUCAGUGGAGCUAAAGAGGGCCCAUGCCUGGUUCACACCAUCACAGGGGACCUGCUAAGGGCCCUGGAGGGGCCAGAGCUGUGCCAGCGGCCCCGCCUCAUCUCAGUGUCCAGCGAGGGCCAUUGCAUCAUCUACUAUGAGAGAGGUCGUUUCUGCAACUUCAGCAUAAAUGGAAAACUGCUGGCACAAAUGGAGGUCAAUGAUUCCACACGGGCGAUCCUGUUGAGCAGCGACGGGCAGAACUUGGUGACAGGAGGUGAUAACGGAGUUGUGGAAGUGUGGCAGGCGUGCGACUUCAAACAGCUUUACAUCUAUCCAGGCUGUGACGCAGGCAUCCGUGCCAUGGACCUCUCACAUGACCAGAGGACUCUGAUCACUGGCAUGGCGUCCGGCAGCAUUGUUGCAUUCAACAUAGACUUCAACCGCUGGCACUACGAACACCAGAACAGGUACUGAGGUGGACAGCGUGAGGAAGAGGAGGAUGGUGAGAGGAGAGAUGAACAAGAGGGAGAGGAGAUGAUGCAUUCUGCUGCCUAUCUGCAACGUGGGGAAACUAAAGGUACCGAGAGGAAGGAAAAACACGUACCGGACCUUAGGCUCUAAUCCCUUGUGAAGUUUACUUGAUUUGAGGAUGCGGCAGCGCUGGUGGAAAUAACUUCCUCUGUGCAUACGUGUACGUACACACACGUGUGUAACCACAGACACAUAAUACCCCGAAGAUACACACCAAAACCUGCUAAUGAAAUAGACAGACUGCAGAAUGGGGGAAAAAGAGCAAGUCAAGCAGACCUUGUAGAGGUCGAUCAUACCCGUACCACUCACAGGACUGGUGCAGUUGCCGUUCCUGGUACGCUUAAUGCUUCACACACAAAGAACCUAAGUUUUAUUUUCCCUUAUAUUUUUCUUCUCUAUCAGUUUUGUUGUAUACCUUUUCGUUUGCGGGGAGCUCCGUCUGGGAAUUAUUUGGGUGGACUAUAAAUUAAGACUCCUUCAACGUGUCUAAACUGAUUAGAAAUGGUCAGAAAUGAACCAGCCCCACCCACUGUUCAAAAACCGGUGCUAUUGGCUUGAUCUUAAAAUUCCCCCCCUUGAAAAAUUGCCUGGGGUUUUAAUUUCAUUUGAUUUAAUUUGAUUCUAUCUUGGUUUUAUUUUAUUUUAUAAUGCUAAUUUAAUUUUUUUCUUUUACCCGCAGCAGGGUUAAAUCUGAUUCUUAUGUAAAUAAGGCUCUGCUUCCUUCAGAGUCUACACGUGUUCUUUCACUACACAAACUGCGCUUAUCACCUUUAAUUUAUUAAUGACUUGCUGUAUGUAAAAUAUUGUGUAAUAAUUAUUAUAAUGUUGACGAGACUGAUGAUAAUAACGGCAGUGUCAAGGAUGGUGAUUGUUUUGCCGGAGAUGGUAAUGAUAAAGAGAUCUUGCCAGUGCCACCAAGGAUGACAGCCACAAGACUGACAUGAUUUCCUUUGUAUAUUUGGUGAUUGUUUUGUCAAAUAUGUACAUAUAGUCUUGGUUCAGGCUUGGUGGGAGACUUAAUCAGCUGAAUAAGACUGAAAGCGCAAAGGAAACCUUCACUUACCCACAUUUGUUGAUUAUUUAAAAAAAGAGAAUCGAAUCAAUGUAAAAGUUUGUUUUGUAUUUGCACUUUGCACCAAUCACAUAUCAUUAUUUAUUAGCUUGGUUCUUUCUGGUCGGCUGCCAUUUUGUUUAGGUCCAUUUCCCCUUCGGGAUUAUUUGUGCAUUGAUGUUUGUAUUUAAAGCGUUGAGCUCAUGUGUGAUUAUUAGGUUUUACAACCUUACAGUUGUAAGCAAUAUCAUGAUUCUGUAGCUGAUAGAGGUGGGAAGGAAGGAGGAGAGGGGAUGAAAUGUGAGAUGUACUGUAUGUGUGAAGCCAUCUUGAUCAAAUGCGCACAUGCACAUACUCUAUCGACAGGUUCAACUUACGUAUCCAAAAAAAGGUUAAAUAUUUUUGGAUCUAUGAAACCCUAAAAACUAUUGUAUUCAUGUUUUAUUGCAAAGAUGUAAAAUAUGACAUGUGUGAGUUGAAAAAAAAAAUCAUGAUAAGAAAAAUAAAAUAU